AAGUAGUGCGCAUGCGUGCUCAAUGGUUGAAGGCUAUCGGAUCGUUCUUGAUUGUAGAUAGACCCUUGAAAAAUCGUCUCACUGAUGUGGAUAUUUAACUAAACCAGCGAGGAAUUUACCAAGGGGUUCCUAAGGAACUUGUCUAUCACCUUGUCUUUCAAACCAAGUCCCUAGCAGCUAGAGGCCGCUACAAUGAGGAGUUUUCUCGUCGUGUUUAUAUGCAGUACCGUCCAGUUGUUUGGACCUUCAGAACAAAAAUCCUUGACUGACUACAUCAAUCAUUAUGAGGAGCUGAGGUUGGACACAGUCAGUAUUCACCGAGACCAUGAACGUGUGCGUCGGUCUCUAGAUUCACAUCUAUAUCUGCGCUUUAAAGCUUUCAACAGAGAUUUCCACAUAAAAUUAGAAAAGGACACGUCCGUUUACAGCCCGGAUCAUGUGACAUCCGGCUUUGAUGGACGUUUUCAUCCAGUAGAUACAUCAUAUAUAUAUCAAGGAUCACUUGUAGGUGUGCCUCACAGCUACGUUCACCUUUCCAUCAUCAACGGCACAACUCGAGGUCAUGUUCACAUCCCAGGGGAGACAACCUACCAUAUAGAACCGGCAGAACAGUAUAUGCAAAACCCACACUUCCAUUCUGUGAUAUACGAUGAGAGACAUGUUGACCUUGACCCUUACAGACAUCGGCGUGAGGCAGACAGGGCGACAUGCGGCAACGACCACCAUUUUGAAUGGAUGAGGCGUGUGGCUGAGUCAGCAUAUGAGUCACCAAACAGAGCAAAGCGAGCAACGAUGGAUCAUGAGGAACCCCUACACUCCCACAACAAAUACACCGAGCAGUUGAACCGCCAGAAAAGGGCACCCAAGAACCUCGGGACAAAGAACACAUGUUACCUCUACCUGCGCUCUGACCCGAUGUUGUGGAACUACGUGAAGAACGAGAAGUACCCAGGAACAACACUGAGUGACGAGCGAGCUAAGGAGGAGAUAUUGGCGUUCUUCGCGAGUCACGUGGCAGCCCUGAAGUCGAUCUACUCCACGACGACCUUCAAUACAUACGAUGACACCAUGUCAUACAAGGGCAUCAACUUCCUGGUUCAGAGAACACGAAUAAUGACUUCCGCCACAGAGAAGUGCAGUAGCGCUAGUGCCAGUGCAUGGUGCAAUCCCAACAUUGACGUCAGCAACUUCCUAAACCUCAACUCCAUGGACAACCACGACGACUUCUGCCUGGCGUACGUCUUCACGUACCGCGACUUUAUCCAGGGGACCCUGGGACUGGCUUGGGUCGGUUCGGAGACAAAGGCGGCUGGCGGUAUCUGCGAACAGUUCAAGGAAUACCCCGAGGGCAACCAGCGUGUGGGGAAGAGUCUCAACACGGGGAUUGUCACCAUCGUCAACUACGGCAAGCCUGUGCAGGCCCGGGUAUCACAGCUCACUUUUGCUCACGAAGUCGGACACAACUUUGGAUCUCCGCACGACAAGGGCCCUACAUGUGCCCCCUAUGGGACCAGUCAGCCCGACGCAUCCCAAGGUAACUACAUCAUGUUUGCAUCUGCAACCCUCGGUGACAAGAACCACAACGACGAGUUCUCCACCUGCAGCCGUGACAACAUCACCCGUGUCCUCGACGCAGUUGUCAACAAGCGAUACAGCAAGAUCAACUGUUUCAACUCCUCUAAGUCGGCGUUCUGCGGCAACGGCAUCACAGAGGCAGGGGAGCAGUGCGACUGCGGCUACGCCAGCGACUGCGACCAGACGGACGAGUGCUGCUUCGGUAAAGGCAGCGUGGGAGGCCCAGAGUGCACGCUACGGCCAAACAAAGACUGCAGUCCCACGGCCGGACCCUGCUGCAACAAGGACUGUACCUUCCAGACUGGAAACCUGUGCAAGAAGAAAGAUGACUGCUCCAAGGACUCAAAGUGCGAUGGAACUAAGGCCCUCUGUCCAGACCCUACGAAGGAGCCAAACAACACCUUCUGCAACAGCUUCUCUCAAGUCUGCACCAUAGGGGAGUGCAUCGGUUCUGUGUGCUCGAAGAUAAGCUGGGAGGAGUGUUUCCUGACAUCCGCUGCAGAUGGGAAUGGACCGUCACGAGAGGAGCUCUGCUUCGUCUCUUGUCGGAAAACAAGCACGUCUACCUGUGUGAGUUCCUACAACACAGCUGAGAUCAACAAGCCAGAGAAUAAAGAAUUUUCAGAUCUAUUGAAUGAAGUAAAAAAAUUGAAAAACGCCACAAGUUCUUCUGUAACAGGCAUCCAGCUUCCUGCAGGGUCUCCUUGUGAUAACUUCCGUGGCUACUGCGACGUGUUCCACCGAUGUCGCGGUGUUGAUGCUGACGGCCCCCUGGCUCGACUGAAGAACCUCAUCUUCAACCCUGAGACUCUGCAGUCUAUCAAAGAUUGGAUAGUGGUGAACUGGUGGGCGGUGAUGUUGAUGGGCAUUGGCCUGGUAGUGGUCAUGGGAGUGUUCAUCAAGGUCUGUGCUGUCCACACACCCAGCAGCAAUCCCCGGAAACCACCAGCCAGGAAGCUGACGUUACCACGACGACACGGUAACCAGGGAAACAAACCACAAGCCCGCUCAGUACCUGUACAUGAUCCUCCACCCCCCUACAGCAGUGCAGCCCAUGGAGGUCCCCCACCCCCCGGGCACGGCAAGAAUCAUCAUCGUCAUAACAACAAUAAACAGGGUGCAAAAAAUAGCCGGCCAGCAAGAUACGAGAUGCAACCCCGUGCAUAUGCGGGAGUUCCCUGCUAUGAUGCAGACCAGUACUACAGGUGAUGUUGUUACUAUAGCAACAUGUACUUUAUCAUCAUAACAUGUACUCCCAUACCUAGAAAUCUAACCCCAGAAAAUGCUUCUUUUUUUCAUGCAAACUUAUCCAUUGAACUGAGAAUCAACUUUAAAUUCGUUUUCAUCCUGAAUUCUCUUUGUGAUAAGUUUAUGUUGCAUUUUGAUAAGCUUUGUUGCAGAAAGAGAUUAUUCUAGUAAAAUAAUGUGAUUUUGAAAAGUAUGUUUGAAAUUUAUUUUCGUGAAAAAAUUAAAUUUUGCAGAUUAGUCAGUGAUAUAGAUGUAUUUGAACCUGGGCCAUAUCAUCUACUGGUGUGCGGUUUCAGGGUGGCCGGAUGAUGCCUUGUACUGAUUGGUUGCGUGUCCUGUCAAUCAAAUGUUCAUGUCAUUUUCAAAGUAGUAGGUAUCAGGCAAUCUUUGACCUAUAUUUUAUACCAGUCGUUUCAGUGAAGAACAGAGAUAAGGUGAAAUGUUACAAAAGUUAAAUGAUCAACUUGAAAUAUUUGUGUAUAUUUUCAUUGAGGUAUUGUAAUAUUCAUGUUUUUUAUUAUAUAUACAUAUAUAUAUAUAUGCAUAGAUUGAGGAAAUUAAUUUAUUAGCUUCGUGUAUUAUAGACCUAGUGACUCACAAAGCAUUAGUCUUUUGUAGACUUUUUAAAAAACAAUUAUUUUAUUCAAUAAAGUGAGUCUGAGAAGAUGAUUUGGUUGCAGUGCUGUAACUGAGUCACUUUAUGCUACCACAAUUUCCAUUGGCUGAUACUGGUUGCAGUGCUGUGAUUGACAGAUGGUUCAGCAUUCCCAUUGGUUACUAACACAGCCAAUCACUGCUUUGCAUGGUUCCUGUAGAAUGCUGCUGUAAUUAUUGAGAAAACUUAAAUUGUCAUUUUUGCUAGUAGUUUUCUUUGUUUAUAGCCAGUUUUUCCUGAUUUUAAUGCAUCAGCAUUCUUGAUCCUAUGUGUAGAUGGAUUCUUUAUAUAUACGCAGACCAUCUAGUCACUACUAUGAACCAUCUUAUAUACCAACUAUCUUCAUUUGCCUUAUGUUAAGUAAUCCUCAGACACAUGAUUGCUUGUUAUCACACAACAGUAAACACAGGAUAUACGGUAAUUUCUGCAUGGGAGAGACUUGUCAUUGACUGUCAUUUUCAUAAAUUGUUACAGUAUUUAGCUUUUGUUGGGUUUAAAAAGAAAUACCAUCUAUGUAUCUGUAUGACAUAUAUGCCUGGAAAUUGUUGAGCACCAUCACCCUAUUUUUUUAUAUACUGUUGUACAAUCCAGUGAUUGAUAUCAUGAGCAUCAAUCUACACAAUUGGGAUUUGAUGACAUUCAUCAACCAAGUCAGCAAGCCUGACCGCCGAUCUUGUUAGUCCCCUUGCAUAGUCACCUGUUCCGGCAAGCAUGGGUUGCUGUAAACCUAUUCUAACCCAUAUCUUCAUCUCCUGGGUCCUUUAUGCUAAGACUAACAUCUGCCGACAAAAUGCCCUAAUACAAUUUCGGGCUAGUAGGAUCAAAUGUUUUUGGAGUGGGCUUAGGCGGUGCUUAACUUUUUUCCAGGGGUAUGUGUGCUCAGUUGGAAGGCGAAGAAGAUGAUUCUAUGCUUCCAUCAUAUUUCAUAAACAAUCACAUUUUUUGAAGGUUUUCAGUUUCAGACUGUUGAGUUCAUCUAAGGGAUUAUUGUUUUGAAGUUUUCACAGAACAUUUCAAGUGACUUGGAAGGUGUUGAAUUGAUCAGAUGUGUCUGUUUUUCUGUGGAGUCAAUGUUACAGGCAAUACGACAUGCUUACUGAUAAUUGGGAAAAUGACAUGGCAAGUGGAUAAUGGAUUAUAUAACAUGAUCAGUGUGAGAUGGUAAUGAUUAAUCAAGGGCGUUAUGACUGGGUUGAGUCAGGCUUACGAAAAGCGUUAUUCAGGGGUACUUCAUUAAUAAAUCAAUUUUAAGAAAUCGCUUGUAUAGAAAAGAAAAAAAUCAGUUCUAAUUGGUUAUGAAAUUUUAUUCAUUUUGAUUUAAUUUGGAUCUAUAACAAUGGCUCCUCUAGGUCACGAUGAGGGAUAUAUCCCAGGUUUAUUGUAUUGUGUGAUGAAUUAUGUACCACAUAGUGACGACACAAGCCUAUUGCUGCCCUCUUGGGUACAGAGUGUUUUAUACUGUCCUUUCUAUGUUGACCCUUUCUUGUACAUACUCCACUACCACUAGGGGGUUGGCGCAAGACGGUGAUACGAGACGUAUCCCAUCCUUUUAUACCUACUGUAUCACACCCCUAGUUAUGCCCCUACCAUCUCAGUGUAUCUUAUCUCAUUUGUAUAUAAUAUGAUCUUGAUUUGAAUGUUUUGAAGACAUGUAAUUUAUUUCAUUGUUCUUAAAUUCUUCCUUGAGUGUUUGUCCCUGGUCACUGCUGGACACAGCUCACACAAAUGUGAGAUCUGGAAUCCACAGCUGUGUGCUUCAAGUUUAAGUAUUGACCUUUUGACCUGCAUUCAGGAUGUUGGAGAGAAGGUCAACGAAGGCCAAGGUCAUUUAUAUGUAACUCCCACAUCUGUCUUGACUCUUCUAAUUUGCAGCCGGUCUGGCAAGCAACAAGCUCAUGUUAUAUGAUAUAUAUCACAGAAACAAGCAUAAGGUGACACAUGACUGGCUCAUUUGUAAGCGUUUUUAUGACCUAUGAACUCUUGACCUUUUACCUUUUCAAAGGUUUAUUUCUAUUGGCUGCUGGCAUCGGUUAUCCGUGAAGAAAGGUUGUGGGCCCCGGUUGCUUUUCGACUCUCACAAAUGUAUCAUAAUUCCUCGUAUAGGAACCUUUUGUUUCUUGGUCUUAACAAGGCCUCUAUUCAAAACCAGCCCUUAUUUAUGGUCAGCUUGUUUUGUUUUCAAGUGCUGGUGCAUGGGUGGCCCAGUCAUUUCAGUCCCGGAAAUUGGGUCCGCAACAUAGUUUCUAGUCCUCGUCUUGGAUAUUGGAGACUGCUUUGUUUAUCUUAUUGGAGAUAUUGUAUCUUCCCCAUAUGAUUGUAAGGCCACAAUGCUGCUACUUGAAAUAAUGAUAACUAUACAUAGGGACCUUCUCCUACAAUGCCCUUAUGCUGAGACAAUUAUUUACCAAUGUUCGCGCAGUAACAAUACAGUGUGUCACAAUAUGUUGCGUUACCAUACCCUUGAAUAUUUGGGACAGUGUCAGGGCAUGUUUAUUAAACUGCCCUUUUUUAGAAACUUUCGUUUUACAACUGACUUCAUAUUAUGUAACAUGGCCAUGUUAUACACCAUCCUCGUUAAUCCUGGGUAUUAUGUCGCCAUGCUAUUAUUGUAACUACUCUGGACCCAUUCAUCACUAUGUUGCUUUGUUGGGACAGGUCAUUAUCCCUUUGCUCUUAUCUCUAACUUGGCACAGAAUGUCACUUGCUCAUGCGUGUCAUUUGAUUGGAUGGCUAUUUAUAGGGCAAUGUCUCUUCAUUAAGGCUCAAAAUGAACCUAUGGUGGUGAAUGGGUCGAGUGUAUUUGUUUUAGGAAAUGAAUAUGGAAAUGCAGGGGAACCGAGGGUGUGUUAUAAGUGACAUAUUGUUUUGUGUCAGGACACGAUUCACUACUGUAGUGUGGCAACACUUGUAUUGUUACAGCUCUUACCAUUAUCAUGUUGACAGCCAACAAGACUUGGAUACUGUACAACUGGGAAGGGAGACAACUCUGUAUGCACAGCAGUCUUCCAUCUUGUCUCCAGUAUUAAACGUUUCUGUCUCACUUUUCACUCUGCUCAGCAGUUACCUCCCUUAUAUACAAUGAAGCUGCCCACCAUUACACAAGGGUAUGUUGAGAAGUGGUUUUAGAAAACUCUGUUAGAUGUUCAUUUUCCUAUGAUGAGACAGAGGACAAGCUAGAAAUGUUGUGUCCAUAUUUGGUAUGUAGCAUUUCAUAAUGUGUCUACCCAGUGUGCUUGUUUUACUCAAGUUCCCACUGACAAUAUUUCACUUUGCUUUCUUUUCUGAAACUACCUUGACUUAAGGGAGGUAACUUGGUGUCAUGUAUUCACCACCAAAGAAGUGUUUUCGUUUCAUUCAUAUUUUAUCUUUUCACUUUUAAUACCCAGGAUCUCAUUCCACCAACCAGUCUUGAUGCUGCGACAAUGACCCAUGUCGUUAUCUAUGUUAAAGAGUGACUAAAAUGACAGCCUCAGAAAGCUUCAAACCAAAUUGUGUCCGCUAUAUUAAUUUUAUAAUGAUCAUUGCUAUAACUGUCAAUUAUUACCCAAAGUGUGUCAGUUUCUCAAUUAAUUUCAUGGUGGGACCUUGGAUUUUUCUAAGAGACAGAAUAUUUCUUCAGAUACAACUUCAAGGCCAUCUGUUUUUUAAACAUCCAGAAUGUCCAACGAACAAUUUAUUUUCAAGUAAAAACCUCAGGUAAAAUAUUUCUUUUUCAAAGAGGCCCAACCCAGAAUAUAAAACAGCUCUCUUACAGUGUAAGACCAUGGAGGAAGGGCCCCCACUAGCAUGGGACCCUGUCGUAGUACAAGAUUGGUGGGGACGAGAGUCCUGAUUACUUUUAGUUUGCCUUUGUUCAGAGAGAAUAUAUCCUGUGUGGUCACUUCUUUGUUGUAUUAUCCAGGUUGAUGAGGCGCACAUACUGUAGUAUUUCCCUUUUUGUAUGAUGCUAAAUUACCACCAAUCGCUUGCUUUUACCUUGCAGAACAGCAUUGAUGCUUCAUUAAUUGAAAUAAGUAUAAAACCUGCAAGCCAAACUGUUCAAAUUUUAGUUUGGUGUAAGGGAGAUAACUCUGUUUAUUUUGAGAUUGAGCUGUGAGAGGUGUUGUAUAUUUUCUGAUCAGAUGAGAUUCAUGUCUAGUGUAUCAUUGUCAUUCUUUAUGGAGAAGAAUAAAUGUUUUUUAUACAAA